AUGGCAAUGAGUCGUGUUUCUCAAGAAACACAACCUUGGCAAUACAAGUGCGCUAUGACUUUUUCUGGCGAGACAAACAGCAGUUCCAAAGGGCCUGCAGUGGAGUGUUAUGCAACCCGCUUGAGACCCACUGGCACCGUGCCAGGGAGUGCGGCCUGGUACGCAUCGAUUGGGUGAGAUGGCCACUCCCCCGACCCAGAGAUAUCCUGAAGCAACCUGCAACAUGAGCAAGCCCCAUUAUCCCCCCUUCCUGGACUAGUGGGGGUGAUCCUUGUUCACCCAGAGGAGGCUACCCCAAGCAUGCUGAAGCAUUGGAUGUCCCCACAUGGGCAGAGAACGCACACAGAGUUAACCCAAGAUGGCAGACAUAGCAAGUGUCGAGGGAUUCGCCAAUGCUGCACACGAUAUCCUAACAAAAUUAAACAAACACUUUGAGAUGUUCUGGAGGAAGCUGGAGCACAAGUUACAUCAGCCUGCCCCUCUAUACCUUACAAACCUCUUCUGGCAGAAACCACAUAUCUACCAUCAGCAAGCAGCCCAGCAUUAUGACAGCUGAUCAGCACUACCCCGGCGAGGCUCCAGAGGUGUCGGAGAGCACAGCAGCAGCCAACAGAAACUUUUGGAGGAAAAUCGCAGAAUGCCAAGAAUGCCCUGGCGGCACCCACUGCACUACCAGCGAAUGA